AUGAGUAUUGCUAAGGAGAAUAUUUCCCCAUCCAACACUCCAGUCAGCAAAUCACCACGUAGAAAUGGAGCUGCUAGCCGUACACAGACAAAGAAGUGGUCUCUUGAUGAUUUUGAGAUCGGUCGCCCACUUGGAACAGGUAAAUUCGGACGUGUAUACUUAGCUCGUGAGGCCAAGUCAAAGUUUAUUGUUGGUAUCAAGGUUCUCAAUAAGGCUCAGCUUCAAAAGGCUUCAAUUGAGCACCAGCUUCGUCGUGAAAUCGAAAUUCAGUCCCAUCUUCGUCAUCCAAACAUUAUCCGUCUCUAUGGAUACUUCUACGAUGCUACAAGAAUUUGCCUUAUCAUUGAGUACGCAGCUCGUGGUGAGCUUUUCUCAAUUCUUAGAGAUGCAGGCAGAUUCGACGAACAUACAGCAGCUGAAUAUAUCGUUCAGAUGUGCGAUGCUAUUGAUUACUGCCAUUCAAAGCAUAUCAUUCACCGUGAUAUCAAGCCAGAAAAUAUCCUUGUCGGCUUAAACGGAGAGUUGAAGAUUGCAGACUUCGGCUGGUCUGUUCAUGCUCCAACAUCCCGCCGUACAACACUUUGCGGAACACUUGAUUAUCUUCCACCAGAAAUGAUUGAAGGUCAUGAUCAUGAUAAGUCUGUUGAUAUUUGGACCCUUGGUGUUCUUUUAUACGAAUUCUUGGUUGGUGAACCACCGUUCGAGACUGAUUCUCAGCGCAACACAUGCCGCCGUAUCAUCAAUGUCGAUAUUCGCUUCCCAUCAUUCGUUACACCACUUGCUCGUGAUUUGAUCUUGCGCUUAUUGCAAAAGGAUCCAGCUAAGAGAAUGCCACUCAACCAGGUCCGUUCCCACCCAUGGAUCGUUCAGCAACUCGGUCCUGCUCCAAAGUAA